AUGGAUUUUAGGGGACUUUCCAAAAGGAUUUGGAGGGUUUUGGGGAGGAGUCUUCAAAAAUUCCAAAAGGAUUUGAAGGGUUUUGGUUUUCCCGCAAUCCCAAAUUGUUUCCCUUUUGUUCUUUCUGCAUUUCCAAAUUGUUUCCCCUUUGAUAUGCCGACACAAUACAAAAUGUUUCCCCUCUUACCGCAAUUCCGAUGGGGGGUGAGAGGUUUUCUUUGUUUUUGUUUCCCGAAAUUCCAAAUUGUUUCCCUUUUGAUCUUGCCGCUUGUUAAAAAUCCUGAAUUGUUUCCCCUUUGACCAAAUUGUUUCCUCUUUGAUGUUUCCACAAAUUUCACUCUAU